AAAAGCCUUGAUAAUAAUUUGUUGUCGCAAUUUUUCACAAGUGAGGGGUUGUUUCAACCUUUACUCUUUUCUCUUGAAAUGGGAGCUACUUUUUGCUAGAAGUCUUUUAGCUAAAUACGAGCUCAAAAUUUGCCAUAAAAAACAAAACGCGACCCUUAAUUAUUAGCUGUGUUAUUGAACACUUGUAUCUCCUUAACGUGUUUUCAUUCAAUACAGUUUAAUAAUUAUUUGUGCAAGAUAAUGAAAUAGAUCAACCACCGGAUCAAAAAUCGUAACUGGUACACCAUGCCACCAAAUCGCUCGAUAUUAUAGUUUCUCAAGUAAUAAAAGUGUAACUACGCAAUCACUAAGCAAUACUUCCAUGUUACAUGUGAUAAAAGUUCACCUCUUGUCAGAAAUUGAAACAAUUUCACAAAAUGCCAAUCAUCAUAAAAGACAUCGAGUGGUCCCAAACCGACAAUACAGUAACCAUAAAGGUCCCUCUAAGAGGAAUCCAUCAUUCCAAAGUGGACAUUUUUUACUCGAAAUUAUACAUCAAAGCAUCUUUCGAACAAUACUUCUUCGAAGUUUUUCUCUACAAACAAAUUGACCCGAAAACCAGCAGUUGUACGUUCACCUCAACGCACAUUUUAUUCGAAUUAAUAAAAUGCGAAGCAACAACUUGGGAAAACCUCGAACUGGGCAUACCGAAGGCCGAAAAACAACAACUGAAAAAAACAUACAUCGAAGAAGAACAUAAGCGAAUCCAGGAAGAACAAACCGAACGUUUGAACAAAAAAAGCGAGUUAAAGAGACUUGCAGUGCGUGAACAAAUGGCACUCGAUGCCGACCUGCGAGAAAAAAUCGAAAACAUCAAGAAGGACGAAAAGGAAAAUGCGUUAAAAGAGUUCGAAAUUAUGCCACAGACUGGCCGUAAGACAACAGAUAAAACGAAGAUUAAAAGCAGUCAAAAGAAAAAGGUGAGACCACCGGCUUCGCCGGCGCCUCCACCAAAACCCCAAGUGUUGCCUCCACCCAGAUCAAGCCAAACAAUCACAGUUUCGUUCACUCCGAGAGAAUUUCCCACUCCUUGCAGAGAAUCGAGACUGGAGGAAGAGAACGAGUGGCUGAGAAAACAAGCAGAAGCAAGAAGAUCGGUUGGGUUUAUUAGCGAAGAUCUACGUCCCGAAGAACACAAUCCGCAGUUUUUGAAAAGUAAAGGCGACGAAUUUCUAAGAAGUCGCAAUUAUUUAGGAGCAGUGAGUGCAUACAGUUUUGGAAUUACACUUAAUGACAAGUUUGCUGAUCUUUAUGUUGGGAGGGCCGAAGCGCAUUUUGCUCUAGGAAAUUAUAACAAGGCCGUUAAGGAUUGCAGCACAGCUAUAGACCUCAUGAAACCCGAAGUUCCCUCAAAUUUGAGAGAAAGAGCUCUGUGUAUCGGCACACGUGGCAUUGCCUUAGUUAAGUUAGGACUAAUUAGAGAAGGAAUUGGUGAACUGAAAGCAAGUCUUGCUCUCAUCCCCAACGAAAGUUUCAGUUUGCAACUAGAGGAAGCUCUGGAUAGUUUAAAUAACACUGAUUAACAGUCUCAUUUUUAAUUAUUUUACAACACCUACAUAAUAUACAAAUAAUUAACUCUC